AUGGCUCGACAGAAAAGUGCUAUCGUCGUUGGCGCUGGGGCCGGAGGAAUUGCUACUGCUGCCAGACUUGCCAAAGCAGGCUUCAAGGUCACUGUCCUGGAGAAGAAUGACUUUACCGGAGGCCGAUGCUCGCUGAUACACCACAAUGGAUAUCGCUUUGAUCAGGGUCCCUCGCUCUUACUACUACCCCGUCUCUUUCAAGAAGCAUUCUAUGAUCUCGGUACCUCCCUCGAAGCAGAAGGCGUAGAGUUGUUGAAGUGCGAACCCAACUACAAUCUUUGGUUCGGGGAUGGCGAAUCCUUUGAACUCUCGACAGACACGUCGCGGAUGAAAAAAGAAAUUGAAAAAUGGGAAGGCAUAGACGGAUUCGAACGAUAUCUUGGAUUUCUGCAAGAAUCACAUAGACACUAUGAGCAAAGUAUCAUCCACGUCCUUCGCAAGAACUUUACCAGCCUGCUACACCUUGCACGUCCCACAUUUCUUCGAUACAUUUUCACGCUUCAUCCCUUCGAAAGUAUUUACUACCGCGCUUCUCAAUACUUCUACACCGAGCGACUUCGUCGCGUCUUCACCUUUGGCAGCAUGUAUAUGGGCAUGUCUCCAUUUGAUGCCCCAGGCACCUACAGUCUGCUCCAAUACACCGAGCUGGCAGAAGGUAUCUGGUAUCCGAGAGGUGGCUUCCACGUGGUGCUAGACGCUCUCGUGAAAGUCGGUAAACGAAUGGGUGUUGAAUACCGGCUUUCUACCGGGGUGUCUCAGGUCAAUCUGUCCUCAGAUGGAAAGCGAGCAGAAGGUGUCACUCUUUCCAGCGGCGAACAGUUGUCUGCAGAUAUCGUAGUGGUGAAUGCCGACCUCGUUUAUGCGUACAACCACCUUCUCCCUUCCAGCAGCAAAGCAAAAUCACUUUCCAAGAAGGACGCCUCCUGCAGCUCCAUCUCGUUCUACUGGGCAAUAAACAAGAUGGUACCGGAGUUGACAUGUCAUAACAUUUUCCUAGCCGACGACUAUAAAGAGUCCUUCGAUGACAUCUUCAAGCGCCAACUCAUUCCGCAAGAACCCUCCUUCUACGUCAAUGUCCCAAGUCGAGUUGAUCCAAGUGCGGCACCGGAAGGCAAGGAUACGGUUGUCGUCCUGGUUCCAGUGGGGCACUUGCUCGAGAAUCGCGCCUCCGCGGGUCUAAAUCCGCAAAGCCAACAAGACUGGAAUGCCAUGGUAAACAAAGCGCGGGAAACAGUUCUUACGACCAUCGAAACACGGACCGGAGCCAAGAUGCGCCAUUCCAUCCUUCACGAGGAGAUCAAUACACCUGGGACGUGGAAAGAGAAAUUUAACCUAGACAAGGGGGCUAUUCUCGGGCUCAGCCACAGUUUCUUCAAUGUGCUCAGCUUCCGACCGAACACCAAACAUGCCAAGUACAACGAUCUGUAUUUCGUCGGUGCGAGCACGCAUCCUGGAACCGGCGUGCCAAUCUGUCUAGCAGGCAGCAAGAUCACCACUGAGCAGAUCUUGGACAAACUUCGUAUGGCUGUGCCGUGGACCAGAAACGGGUGGCAAGAGCCCAGAGGCAAGAGUGAGAAGGUCCAAGUGAAGGACAUUGACCGAAUCAUAAGUGGACCGUCAACGACUAGCUUGCUACUGGUCGCAGUAUUGGUGACAUUAAUGGCAUAUUGGAUAAUGGUUAAGUAG